AUGCUUUACGGAGGGCCUUUUCCGUGCAUCCGACAUGCCGGCCGUAGCCGUCAAGUCUUGACACUUCGCGCUGCACAAUUUCCAGAUGCUUUUGCGACUCAGGCAUCUGUGACCGCAGCAGCCUAUGCAGAUGAUCCAUUGUUCAAGCUACAUGGGUUCCGAAAAGGUCAUGUGUUACAGAAGGCUAUUUGGAAAACCUUGGUUAAAGCGAACCCGUCCGUCCAGCUGUCUCAAUCUGAUCCUGGUUCACGAGCAGAUGGGCGCCGGCGAGGACAUCACCAAGCUGAAUUUGAUUUUGUUUGGGAUGCGCGCAGGGUGGAAUGCAAAGGUGCUAGCAUUGCGUGGCUGGUCAGAGAGCGCUUGUGGCGUGUGAGCUGGGUAAAAAUCAAGUUCAACCACGGGCGUUUUGACGAUCUCCUUCUGGCCCUUCAUUCUCCGGGGCAAGUGGACAUCAUAUUGCAUGACGGCGCUGCAGGAGUAAGCAAGAUGGGAAGCAGAACGCUAAUUUCGGGCCAUGCUGUUCAGUUCAGAGCGGGCAGAGGAUUUGAGGACCCAGCUGUGGCACGCAGGACUAUUCUAGCAAAGAUGUUACAGCCAAUGCACUUGUGCCAGCAUCUGGCGACACUAUCCUCCGACUGCAUGUCAGAACUGGUGGCAGAUGAGCUUGGAAGGGAUUCCUUUGCCCUGUCUUGGUACAUGGGCGUCCCACUGUCAGAGCUAAGUCCCUCUGCACGAGCCUUGCGUCUAGAAAGGGUAGCCUUUGCAGUCGAUCAGAUGCUUCAUCCGUGCAGCAACUUCAGGCGCGAUGCUGGAUCUGCUGAAGUCGUUGGGGAGGUACUUCUGCAGCGUCGUGGGAGCUACAGGACGAGCGCUGACUGGCUUCGUGACGAUAUCAAGGUCGAGUUCAAGUCUGCAAAGUUGUCUUGGGUCCGUCGCACGAGUAGAUGGAAGUGUCACUUCCAUGGCAUCAAGUUUGGCUCAGAAAGUCCAGCUACGCCGGCAGCUUUCGACGAGCUGUGGCUUGGACUGUACACCCCCCGUGGCCUGCAUGUACUUCAGUAUGGUGGCAGUAUCGGACGGUGCACAGCUGGUGUCAAGACCGAUCUCGACGGUCAUUCAGUACACGUCAGCGGACCCUCAGGCCAAGAAUGCCCAGAUGCAAGUCUGGAGGUCAUACUUAACAAGCUUGAGGGGUCCGGCUGCAAACUGUUGGCAACGGUCGCAUGGUGA